AUAAUCCCGCACCGGUUUGUGUGCUGGGAUUCGAUCGAGGUUUGUGGAAUUGAAUCCAUCAGUGUUCAAGGCGUUUACAUUGAUUUAAAGCAUUUUUCUUUCUUUAUUUUUUUUUAGAAAAGUAUUCCGAAUUAAGGUAAAGUGUUAAAUGUAAUGUUUUAUGUGAAUUGAUCUGCAUUAAUGGCUGUAUAAACGAUGUGUAAAUCGCAUCUAAACGAGUUGCAGAAAUACUUUUUUUUUUAAAUACUUAUUUUAUGAAUUGUUUAAUUAUUACUUCAUUAUUCUCAUCAUCCUAAACAUGUGCUAACAAGUAGAAAAACGUAAGGUUGGUGUGACAUGAUAUUACAAACAUGGAGUUUAUUAAAGAAGAGAAUGAAGAAAUAAGAAUUCCAGAUCCAUGCAGAGUGAAAGAUGAAGAGACGGAGGAGAAAAUAGACUUGAUGACGCCGAAAGAGGAAAGUCAAGAAAUGAAUGAAGUGGAGGAGAAACAUCAUGAUUUCACCAGUGGAGAAAAAUCCUUUAGCUGCACAGAGACCGAAAAUAAUUCCCCAAGAAAACAAAAAAGAAGUGUGAAAACAAGAUCUAGAAGUAGUUUCACUUGCUCUCACUGUGGAAAGGGUUUCCUGCGUAAAGGACACCUUCAUAGCCACAUGAGAGUUCAUACUGGAGAGAGUCCCUUUACCUGCCAGCAGUGCGGCAAGAGCUUUAAUCAGAAAGGAAACCUUAAGAGCCACCUGCGAAUUCACACCGGCGAGAGUCCUUUCACGUGCCAUCAAUGUGGAAAAAGUUUCACUCAGAAAGGAAACCUUAAAAGCCACAUGAGAUGUCACACCGGCGAGAGCCCUUUCACCUGCAGAGUCUGUGGAAAGAGCUUCUCGCUGAAGGGAAACCUUAAUCACCACAUGAGAGUCCAUUCUGGAGAGAAGCCUUUCGCUUGCCCUCAGUGUGGAAAAUGCUUCACACAGAAACAGUCUCUUAAUUUCCACACAAGGAUUCACUCUAGAGAGAACUGUUUUAUAUGCCACAGGUGUGGAAAGAGCUUCUCAGACAUGGAGCAUCUUAACAGACACGUGAUCACUCACACUGGAGAAAAGCCUUUCAAAUGCCUGCAGUGUGGGAAGAGGUUCAGAUUAAACAAAAACCUUAAGAGUCACAUGAGAGUUCACACCGGAGAGAAGCCGUACACGUGCACUCACUGCGGAAAGAGUUACGCUCAGAAAGGAAACCUUAAUAUUCACGUGCGCCUUCACACUGGAGAGCGACCGUUCGUCUGCCCUCAUUGUGGGAAGGGUUUCACACACAAAGGAAACCUGAAGAGUCACAUCAGAUUUCACACUCGAGAGACGCCUUACACGUGUGUUCAGUGUGGAAAGAGUUACUCUUAUCAGAAAGACCUGAAAAGUCAUGCGCAUGUUCAUUCGGAGUUCAUUCUGCAGUGUUCGGAGUGUGGCAAGAAGUUUGGAGACAAGAUUAACUUCUUAAACCAUCUGCGCAUUCACACUGGAGAACGGAUGUUUAACUGCGAAUGCUGCAAUAAAACGUUUCUUUUCCGGUCUCACUUAGAGAUACACAUGAAAAGCCACACUGACGAGAGAUCUUAUGCGUGUUCCUUGUGCGGAAAGGAUUUUAAAUGGCUUGGCAAUCUGAAGUCACACCAGAAGAUGAAUGCUUGUGCCAGAGCGAGCCACUUGAAACAGCAGCAACAAAUCCAUACUGGAGAAAAAACAACGCAUUUGACUGCUUCAGAAACGUCACAAACAGACGCGGUUCAUGCAGGAGAGAAGCUCUACAGCUGCGCUUCAUGUGGGAUGAACUUCAGCACAACUAUUUAUCUGCUGGCUCAUGAGAAAAGACACUGUCUGAAGCAGCCAUAAAGAGCCCAGCUCAUCUUCAGGGGAAUGUUUAGCAUGGAAAUAUACACGACGAUGUCAGUGUGUUUGGUCUUAACGGACUAUAGAUCUGCUACACACAUACAACAUAUAUUUGACUCUGGAGCACAAAUCAGUCAUAAGAGUCAACUUUGUGAAAUUGAGAUUUCUGCAUCAUCUGAAAGCUGAAUAAAUCAUCUCUCCAGUGA